AUGGGACUCUACUUUGUCGCAUUCGACAAACAGCCUCUGACAACAGACCAAAUCCAAGAAAUCCAAAAGGAGUUACCGCUCGAGUUUGAAACCGCAAAUCAAGCCCCGAAAGCCGUCUCUGUGCCGCCGAAGAAUGUAUACGACUCCCAUUUGGAUGAUCAGGUUCGAAUCGAGGACCCAAAUCCCGUACUCGGGACGAAAUGGGAUUCGCCUCUUGACGCCAUUCCUGGCCGUCUGACUCUGGAGGAAACCGAAAAGUUGAGAGCGGAAGCGGAAGCGAAGAGGAAGAAGCUAGAAGAGGAAGAGGAAGCGAAGAGCAAGAAGCUGGAAGAGGAAGAGGAAGCGAAGAGCAAGAAGCUAGAAGAGGAAGAGGAAGCAGAAAAAUUGAAGGAAUCUAAUCUACAUGAAGAGAAGCCCAAGGGAGAUGAGCUUGAGGACAAUAAAUUCCAAAAAGCGAAAUCUCAAGCGGCAACCACAGAUGGGGACGUGAAGCCAAACGAGGACAAGCCCAAGUACGAGAACGCCACAUCCGAGCGACCCAAUAAAGCACCAAAAGAAAAGGGGCCCGACAUUGACACAGGCGAAGAGUCGAAAGGGGGUCAACUUGAAGAGAACAAAUCGGAAACUCCAACUGAUGACAAAUCAAACCACGAAAACCACAAAGGAAAACAGAAGGAAACCAAGGAGCAAGUGCCAACAAAAAAGCCAGACUCGAAAAAAGCACAAGCAGAGAAUGUGACGUAUCCGCAGAAAGCAGAUGAAGAACAAAACGUAGAAGCGGAUGAAGCAACAGCUCUCGACAAGCCGGUCCCUCCCGCCGAUUAUGUCGCCUUUUGCGUAGCCGUCAAAGAUCAAGCCAUCGACCUGCCCGAGUUUUUCAUCCACCAUUACCAUCACAUUGACAUUCAACGCUUCUACAUCAUGGACGAUAGAUCCGAAAAGCCUCUCUCCACGGCGCUCACAGACUAUGGCAUCCCCGAGCAAUACAUCACAUUCGAGUCCCAAUCACCAUUUGACCGCGCCGUGGGUCAAUCAGAACAAUUUGAGAUAUACGAUCGCUGCUUCAAGAAUCAUGGAAGCAAGCACACAUGGAUGGCUUUCAUAGAUGCCGAUGAGUUUAUCGAAAUGACAGCCGGAAACGAGACGCUUCAAGACCUGUUGCACGAAUUUGAAAAACAUGAGGAUAUCGGUGCCCUGGCGAUGAAUUGGAGAAUGCACACUUCUUCGGGUCUGAAAACCCGUCCGGAAUCUAGUCGCAAGGCUUUCGUGAACUGCACUUGGGAUGAUGUCGAUAAUGAUGGCCAUGACUCGCAUAAUAGACAUGUGAAAUCGAUUGUGCGUAUGAGCAAGGCGGUGGCUCCAAAGGGACAGCACGUGUGGGAAUUGUCUGACGGUGUAAACACUGUUGGGGAAUAUAUGGAUCCGGUCACAGAUCUGGCAUACAGGUCUCCGAUCACGAGAAACAGGAUUGCUUUGCAUCAUUAUGCGGGGAAGAGUAGGCAGGAGUUUGAGGAGAAGAUGUUGCGCGGUAAUGCGAUGGAUGAUCCAAAGACCGAGGCUUUUUGGUAUUCGGUGGAACAUGAAUUACCGCAGGUUCCUUGUCUUGAGAUGGCUAAGUACGAUCCUUAG